UUGUUGACAAUCGGCUUUAACUGUGAAUCGACAACAGGAAGUCACUUGUUCGUGUUGCUUAUCUCUUGUGGGGACCGACAAAACUUGCCGAAGCCGAAAAACUUUGGGAAAAUGGAAAAAGCAACAAGGACAACGUCGUUAUCGGUGGAUGCCCGAAUGAGAUAAGGAGGAAGAGCGGCGGUCGGUUGUGAUUCUCCCGCAGUGGAUUUCCGAGUGACAAUGCUGGCGAGGCAGGAAAGAACGAAGACCUUGUCGCGCUUCCAUUGAAAGCGAAUUUGCCUUCCUCAUGGAGAAAGCAGCAGCGAGUCUGGAGUCAUGAGCACAGGUGUGAAGAAGCCUCCGUUAGCUCCCAAACCUAAACUUCCCGCCACAGCCAAACCUUCGCCCCCGCCCGUGGCCCCCAAGCCGGGUCUUGUCGCCGCAUCCCCCGCCUCCGCCCAUCCUUCUCCCGCCACUCUCAAGAGGACAAAACCAGCCCUCGCCCCCAAGCCCUGCAUCCCAAAACCCGCCGGCCCUCCUCCCCCCGCCGCCUCGCCGCCGCCCAAAGUCCAUCUUCUCUUAUCUCCGGGGGAGGAUCUUCAGGACAACCUCUCGCUACUCAACACCAGGAAUGGGAUUUUAUCAGCGCGGGAAUCGGACUACAUUAUUCCCACGUGCUCGUGCAGGCUGCGGGAUUGCUGCCGGUGCCCACGUGCGGAGAACGGCCAGCUCGACGCGCGUCAGCUGAAGAACGGGAUUCACCAAGGAGCGCCGGCCGGAGCGGAGGAAUGUUUGCGCGAGGGUGCAAAGGUGGACAAAAAGCCUCGGGACAAGCCUCAGAGGCAGAGACGCUUGGACAGGGGGGGCGACGAGGGGAACCCGACUGGCGCUGAUUCAAACGCGGGCCCCGCCGAGAUCAGCUGUGAUGUUGCAGGCAGCGUCAUCGCCUCCUCCCCUUCCGCGGAACAUCUGGAGCAGCUGGAACGCGGCGACUCCUCGGUGCCCGCGGCCCCGAGUAAGCCCCUCCCCGUCCCGCAGCCCCGCAAGCACAAGAAGCCGUCCCUGGUGAGGCAGGACGGCGUGGAGGGCGCGGCUCACAACGGUCGGGCGCCGGGCGCCCCGAGAGAGGAGAACGCGCGCGACGAUGAGCCCGGCGCUCCCGUGCCGCCUCCCCGCCAGACCUCCUUGUCUCCUCGCCUCCACAGGACGCACCGGGCCUCCCCAACGCUCAACAAAAACACCUCCCUCUCCCUCAGCCUGCUCUCGGCGCCUCACCCGGAGUGCCAACGAGAGGGCGAGGAGGAGGAGGAGGAGGAGGACGGCUACGGCGAUUUUAAGCUGUACCCCGUGACCCGCAGCCUCCCCAAGCAGAUCAAACUGGGCUGCCCACCGCCCCUCCUGCACACCAGGAAGGCCUCCUCAGCUGAGGAUCGACCGGCGAGACCGCCGCCCCGGAAACCUCAGAGACUCAGCAUGCCCGCCCUGCCGCCUCCCUCCGUCUUUCCCCCGGCGCCUCCCCACGGCCCCAUGAGGGAGCUGCCCGCGCCCCCCCAGGAGAAAACUUCCUGGCGCUUCAGCCGGCCCGGCGUGACCUUCUUCAGUCGCCAGAUGCCCACCCGGAGCAGCGUGCCGCCCAAAAGUCGGGCACCCGCUCUAGGGGGCAAGCAGCGGGCGCAGUCCUUCUCCGCCGCCGACCUGCUCAGCCGUGUGGACCCCGGCAAGCGGAGCCUCUCCUUCCGGAAGCUUCUGGAGCUGCGUAUGUCCGUCAAGAUGCUGCCCAAGCUGCUGGGCAAGGGCGGCCACUCGCCGGACCGCACCGACGCAGAGUCCAAACGGGGGGACCGGCCCAACAGCUGCAUCGGCGGAGUCGGCGUCGGCACCGGCGACGACCACGACCACGACGACGACGGGAGCGCGGAGUACGAGAACGUCCCUCUGUACGAGGAGAUCCCCGAGUACAUGAACUUGCCCUUUCACAGCGGCAGGCUGCGCUGGUCGCAGGACGGCGACGAUUCGGACAUCUACGAAGCGCAGGACCCUUACCAAAGGUUCCAGGAGGAGGACCAGUGCCACGGCGACUGGCCGGGGAGGGACGUCCACUCCGAGGAGGAGGACGAGGACGCCCGCAGCUGGAACGAGGAGGACGACAGCUCGUCCUCCAGCAAGGAACACGUGGACGAGGCCGACAGGCAGCUGGAGGACGAGACCAAGCGGAAGAAGGUGGCGCACAUCGCCCGGGAGAUCAUGAGCUCGGAGAAAGUGUUUGUGGAUGUCCUCAAGCUUCUCCACAUCGACUUUGGGGACGCCGUCGCCAAGGCGACGCGUCAGAAUGGCAAGCCGGUGGUGGACGAGCGCGUCCUCAGUCAGGUGCUGUACUACCUGCCGCAGCUCUACCAGCUCAACAAGGACCUGCUGCGGGAGCUGGAGGACCGCGUGGCGCACUGGAGCGAGCACCAGCGCCUGGCGGACAUCUUUGUCCAGAAGGGCCCGUACCUGAAGAUGUACUCCACGUACAUCCGGCAGUUCGACAACAACGUGGCGCUUUUGGACGAGCAGUGCAGGAAGAACCCUCCCUUCGCCGCCGUGGUGCGCGAAUUUGAGAUGAGCGGCAGGUGCGCCAGCCUUGCCCUGAAGCAUUAUCUGCUGAAGCCUGUGCAGAGGAUUCCUCAGUACCAGCUGCUGCUCACAGAUUAUCUGAAGAAUCUGCCACGGGACUCUGAGGACUACAAGGACACUGAAGCCGCCCUCAGCAUCGUGAAGGAAGUCGCCAACCACGCCAACGACAUCAUGAAACAAGGGGACAACUUUCAGAAGCUCAUGCAGAUCCAGUACAGCCUGAACGGCCACCACGAGAUCGUUCAGCCGGGCAGGGUCUUCCUGAAGGAAGGGACGCUCAUGAAGCUCUCCAGGAAGGUCAUGCAGCCGCGGAUGUUCUUCUUGUUCAACGACGCCCUGAUGUACACCACCCCGGUCCAGUCGGCCCAGUACAAACUCAACUGCGUGCUCUCCCUCGCUGGCAUGAAGGUGAGCAAGCCCAGCCAGGAGGCCUACCAGAACGAGCUGAACAUCGAGAGCGUGGAGCGCUCCUUCAUCCUGUCCGCCAGCUCGGCGACAGAGCGCGACGAGUGGCUGGAGGCCAUCGCCGAGGCCAUCGACGACCACGCCAAGAAGAAGAUCAGCUUCAUUUCCAGUCGCAGUCAUGAGGAGGCCGACGGCGCGCUGGACGGCGGCGCCCCCCUCGGCUCCAAGGCCCCCAUCUGGAUCCCCGACCUGAGGGCCACCAUGUGCAUGAUCUGCACCUGCGAGUUCACCCUCACCUGGCGGCGCCACCACUGUCGCGCCUGCGGGAAGGUGGUGUGCCAGGCCUGCUCGGCCAACAAAUACUACCUGGAGUACCUGAAGAACCAGCCGGCACGCGUGUGUGACCACUGCUUUGACAAACUGCAGGAGAACAGUGACCGGCGCGCCUCGUCGUCCGUGUCCCCCAUCAAAUCGGGAGCGUUCUCCUUCACCAGGAAACAGAAGAGGAUUCCGGCCGCGCUGAAAGAGGUGUCGGCCAACACGGAGAACUCGUCCAUGAGCGGCUACUUGAACAGGUCCAAAGGCAACAAGAAGCCGUGGAAGCGGCUGUGGUUCGUCAUCAAGAACAAAGUGCUGUACACGUACGCCGCCAGCGAGGACGUGGCGGCGCUGGAGAGCCAGCCGCUGCUCGGCUUCUUCCUCCGCGAGGAGAAGAACGGGCCGGCGCAGAAGCUGCAGUUCAAGCUCUACCACAAAAACACCCUCUUUCACAUCUUCAAAGCCGACGACAUCCCCACGGCGCAGAGGUGGAUUGAAGCCUUUCAAGAGGCCAUGAUCCUCGAACAGUGACCAGGACGACGUCGUGCCGCUUCAACCAGGAGAUGGGACAUCGUUGCCCCCCCCCCCUUUUUUUUUUUUUUUUUUUUUUUUUUGAAACUGGAAACUUUUCUUCUUUUUUUUUUUUCCCCCUGCAGCGGUGGCUCGAAAGCCAAAAUGUGUCCAAGUGGACACGUUUUCCACCGGGAAGUCCUCGAUCAGGAUCCCGUUGAAGCAAACGAAGGAAAACGACUUGUGAAAUUCAAGCAGGGUGAAACGUAAAAAACACUCCCAAUCAUUUGGAGUGGAGCAGCGUUCUGAUGUCAGAAAUAGGAAGUUGCUGGAAUCCAUCUCUCCAAGUAGAGAUGUUAUUUUUUCUCUUUUAAUAUUCCAAGUAAGUCCCGCCAUACUUUGUGCGUCUGACAGCAUCCUGGACAAAACUGGAAGUGAAUCAAGAAAAGUAUUUUUUGUAAUGUUGAGGCGCCCUCCGGGUAAUAUUUGACAGAACGACAUUGACGUUUUUUUUAUCUGAUAUUUAUAAUGAACGAUCAAGCAGGCCACCAUUUUGCAGUCAGCUUCUGUUGACUUUCAUCAUUUUUUUUUUUUUUAUGUGGAAAAAAACAUGGUUGCACUAUUCAUUGUGGGCGCAUUUUGAAAGUCUUCCAAAAGCAAAACCGUUUUUGUUGUACUUAUUUUUUUUUUUUUUUUUUACCAUUGAUCAACUAAUCAAAGUCAUUUGUCAGUAUUUUUAUCUGCCACCUUGUCGGAAUGGGAUUAAGUUCUUUGCUGCAUGUUGUUCUGCUCAGAGUUGUCAUUUUAAUUUUGGAUUCCUCAUUAUUGUCCUGAUAUGAAUUUGUCAGGGCUUAGAAAGCCCGUGUUUGCUCAUGAUUGUAGAUUAACAUUGACUAUUUUUUAAUAACUGUGGAGGUAGAGUCUCCGUCAUUAUAAACUGUC